GGAAAAGCGCCGCACAACGCCAUCUCUCGGGGAGGGGAGCGCAACAGGCUUAUUAACAUUUUCGCUCUGGUAAUUAAGUGCGUGUGAUAAUGUUGUGUUGGUAACUAGUUUAGUUUUUAUUGCCUUUAAUAUAAAUUGGUAUGUAGGAAAUAACGUAGAUGAAAAAUUGGUACGCAAUGUAUUGUGAUGGUACUCUCUCUGUAUAAAGUGCCAAACAACAAAUUGAGAGUCAUUAAUUUCAUACUUAACUUCUGAACUGAAUUAAAUAUAAUCAGAAUUAUUAAAAAUCUGUGUUCGAAAUUAUUUGUUGAAUUUCAAAGUCAAAGCCUUUUAAAUAGGAACAAUUCUUAUAAAAAAAAAUCAUCAUUUAUUUUUACGAUCUACAAGAAAGUGUGGUAAAGUCCCCAAUUAUCGGCCCCGUUACAGAUUAAUACCCAAACGUUACACGAACAAACCUAGUAACCGAAUUUCGGGUGGCGCGAAACAAAAACUGACCUACAUUGACGCCCUACCGAGUUCACCCACCCCUGCCGCCGAUCAGACCAGCACCCUACGUCUUGCCCUUACAGUUGUUCAUGCACUUUCGAUCAUUUCAAGGUGAUUCCGAUACCGGGGACCCCUUUCUUAUUCUUUUCAACCAUCAUUAAAGUUGCUAUUGAAGUUUGAAUAACUGUUUUUUAAAUAAGACUAAAGGAAAAAAUGUUAGAGUUAAAUGUUUGAGUGUUUUACGUGUGUAAUAAUGCUUUUAGUAAGAAAAUCUGAUCAAUACAUUUUUACGUACAGAAAAAAUCAUUUAAGAGUGUUUGUUAUGGUCGCAAGUGGGAGCUACAGAGUAAAUGUAAACAAAUGCGUGCCAACACAAACAGCCGCCGUGCGGUCCAAGAAGCGGGCAGUCGAUCGCGCCGCAAAAAAAAGCGCAUCCUAUUAUCGACUACAACAAAAGGACUUGUGCAGUGAUACCUAAGUACACAUCUCGAUUCAUCGUCUCGACUCGAUCCGCCGAACCGAUCCUAUUGGCGCGCCCCACUGUCGCCGCGAGCGAAAGAGACGAGAAGCGUGGAAUAGAGCGCGAGUGAUAAAGAGGGAGACGGUCAUCUUAGCUACCGAGUGGCGUCCCACUGGGCGGGGCCGCGCCAAGGAGUGAGCCUCAGAUGCGCGUAGUGUUGGUGGGGCUUCGUCCGAAGGAUCGCACUGCAGUCGUGUGUCGCGCCAACGACGCGCGCCCGCCACGCCGCACGCCGCGCCGCGCUCGCCGUCACCUUACGUAAUAAUAACUAAUCGGAUCGAAACCGUUCCUCCGAUAAUCGAUUGUGAUUGUAAACUGUCGAUAAUCGUACACUCAUUUUUAUUUAUUUAAAUUUUUUUCUCCGUUAAAUCGGCCGUUUGUGAACUUGAGUUUUGUGUACACUGUGUCAUGUUUUUGUUUUGUUUUCGCUCGGACUUAAGAUUAUUUUGGGCGUAGCUGACUGUGUUUCGCUUUUAUUCAGUAACUUUAUUGUUACUAGUGCGUGUGAUAAUAAACGAUAAUUUCGAUAAACUGUUCUUGUGAAUUUAUUUGACUUGAGAGUGUUAUGUGGACGUACAUUGAAAAUUAUUGUGAUUUUACAAGUCUCAUCUGAGAGUACACGCUGAACAGCGCAACAAUAAGAAAGUAAAAGAAAAAAACAUUCGACACGCGAGGCAAAGGAAAGAACAAUCGAUCGCCGAGUCAACAAUCGAUUCGAGUGAGGUUCUAUAAUUUUUGAAUAUAGAAUGUGUCGUUGUGUUCGUGUGAUGUAUAAAUUGGAAGCGCGAUGUUGAUGUGGUCAGUAUGAGCCGGGCGUGAGACUUGGACGGAUGCACCCCACGGGCGCGGCCAGCCUGCCCGCCGCACCAGAGGCGGAGGUGCAAGCUAUGCACUCGAUGGACUGGCUCUUCAAGAAAGAGAGAAUAUAUUUACUCGCGCAGUUCUGGCAACAGCGAGCCACACUGGCCGAAAAAGAAGUGACCACGUUGAAAGAGCAACUGGCCACCACAAGCCCGACCCCGCUGCAAGCGUCAGUUCCCCUUAAAACCAAUGGGUCCCACAUAGACACGACCAGGGACCAAGCCACAGAGACCAGGAUCGACAGAUACAGUCCUGACAUCAAAGAGGAGAAGCAAGACGUUGAUGACGACGUAGAACAUAAGAUGGAGAUGGCAGCCACCGCGAGGAGUAACAGCAACUCCUCGAGGAGCAGCCCCGUCGUGCACCAGCCGGGGAACCUCGAGAACGAGCUGGCUGCUAAGGAGAAAGAGAUUGCACAGUUGGUGGAAGACGUCCGCCGUCUACAGGCGUCACUGACAGCCUUACAAGAGGCGCACGCGCAACAGCUACAGAGGCUCGAAGAGAGGCUGGAUGAGAAGAAGCAGCACAUCGCCAGGCUGGAGGCCAGGCUCGACACCCAGAGGGACUACGAUGAUAUUAAGAGGGAAAUCAGCAUGCUCCGCGCCCUAGACCUGGGCGGUGGUGAGCGGUCCCUGGAGCGCAAGCCGGAGCUGCGCUCGCCGAGCACGGCGCCCUCCCUCAGAGACAACUCCGUCGAGCGCGAGCGCAGCGCAGAGCGGAGAGACACAGGUGGCGAGGAGUGGCCCAGCACGCCGCCGCCGCUCAACAACAACACCACGCACCACAACAACAACGGGCCCACGCCGCUGCCGCUGCCGCCGCCGAGCCCCUUCCGCUUCGAGGAGCACCGCACGUACAGGUUCGCGGAGGACAUGGGCCCGCUGCCGCCCGGCGCGCUGGUCGGCCGCCUCGGCGACUCCCUCAUCCCCAAGGGCGACCCCAUGGAGGCGCGGCUGCAGGAGAUGCUGCGCUACAACAUCGACAAAUACGCGAACACCAACCUGGACACACUGCACAUCAGCCGGAGGGUCCGCGAGCUGCUGUCUGUGCACAACAUCGGACAGAGACUGUUCGCCAAGUACGUGCUGGGGCUGUCGCAAGGCACGGUGUCCGAGCUGCUGUCCAAGCCCAAGCCCUGGGACAAGCUGACGGAGAAGGGCCGCGACUCCUACCGCAAGAUGCACGCGUGGGCCUGCGACGAGGCCGCCAUCAUGCUGCUCAAAUCACUGAUUCCUAAAAAAGUUGGGACCAAGGAUGGCACGGGCUCGGUGUACGGCCGGCCAGAAGGCGAGGGUGACGAUAGGCUCGCGCACGCCAUCAUGAACGAGGCGCAUCUCAUGAAGACGCCCAUCGGACCGCCCAACAACGACGACUCCAGGAGCUGCGAGGACUCCAGCUCGCCCAGGACUCAGUGCCCUUCACCGUUCUCCAAUAAGGAAUCAAGUCAAAAUAGAAGACUUAAGAAGUACGAGAACGAUGACAUUCCUCAAGAGAAAGUGGCCCGCAUAUACCAGGAGGAACUUGCCAAAAUCAUGACGCGAAGAGUGGAGGACAUCCGCCGAGAGGGAUUCCCUGGCAUGUUUCCUCCUUUUUUCAGCGGUGGCAUGCCACCACAUAUGGAGAGACCUCCAGAAGAUAUCCGCAUGGCACUGGAAGCGUACCACAGAGAACUUGCCAAAAUCCAGCCGGCUGGCAACAUUCCCAACCUGCACAACUUGCCAGGAAUGCCGCCAUUCCCCAACCUGCUCGCGUUGCAGCAGCAAGCUAUGCAGCAAGCUCAGAACCAGCAGAUGAACGGCUCCGGAGCGGUCCAAGACCUCUCCCUGCCUAAAGAUAAAAACGCCAAAAUGAAUGGAAUGACUGAUAGUGAUAAGGAAAGGGCAAUGGAUGCCGAAGAGGCUAUUAGACACGCGGGAAGCGCAUUCUCGCUCGUAAGGCCCAAACUAGAGCCGGGACAGCAAUCGACAGGAUCGUCCGCGUCCAGUCCCCUAGGGAACGCGAUACUACCGCCAGCAAUCACUCCCAAUGAGGACUUCAGUAGCUCAGCUGCUGCGAGCCCAUUGCAAAGGAUGGCGUCGAUCACGAAUAGUCUCAUAUCCCAGCCGUCAAACCCCCCUCAUCACCCGCCGGUGCAGAGGUCCAUGAAAGCAGUUCUUCCACCAAUCACACAGCAACAAUUUGAUCUCUUUAAUAACUUGAACACAGAAGAUAUUGUAAGGAGAGUUAAAGAGGCUCUAAGCCAAUAUUCGAUUAGCCAAAGACUAUUCGGUGAAUCUGUUCUCGGUCUAUCGCAAGGGUCUGUGAGUGAUUUGCUCGCGAGACCGAAGCCGUGGCACAUGCUGACGCAGAAGGGCCGCGAGCCAUUCAUCCGCAUGAAGAUGUUCCUCGAGGAUGAUAAUGCUGUGCACAAACUGGUUGCGUCACAAUACAAAAUUGCACCGGAGAAACUGAUGCGAACCGGAAACUACAGCGGAGCACCUCUCUUUACAGCUUGUCCGCCAAACAUGAACAAACCGAUGCCGCCAACACAAAAGAUGAUCUCCGAUGCGACUUCCUUGCUGAGCAAAAUGCAGCAGGAGCAGUUGCUGGGCCCGGGCCACCUCGGUCACCUGGGCCAGCCUACGCCGCUACUGCUGACGCCCCCCGGCUUCCCACCACACCACGCCGUCACGCUGCCGCCGCAGCACCAUGACAAUAACAACAAGGAGAGGAAGCCGCCACCACCACCACAGCCGCACCACCAACCCCCAGUCAUGCGUAAUCUACACCAACAUAUAUCACCGAGCGUUUACGAAAUGGCCGCCCUCACCCAAGAUUUAGACACUCAAACCAUUACGACCAAAAUCAAGGAAGCGCUUCUAGCAAAUAAUAUUGGGCAGAAAAUCUUCGGUGAAGCUGUACUCGGCCUCUCACAGGGUUCUGUUAGCGAAUUGCUUUCGAAACCGAAACCCUGGCACAUGCUCAGCAUCAAGGGUAGAGAACCAUUCAUUCGUAUGCAGCUGUGGUUGAGCGAUGCCCACAACAUUGAUCGCCUGCAAGCUCUGAAAAAUGAGAGACGAGAAGCGAGCAAGCGCCGACGAUCAAGUGGCCCCGGACAGGAUAACUCCUCAGAUACAUCAUCAAAUGAUACUUCAGAGUUCUAUCACUCCAGCUCGCCAGGCCCCACUGCGGGCGCACCUUGUGCCAAGAAGCAGCGGGUACUGUUUUCUGAAGAACAAAAGGAGGCGCUAAGAUUAGCAUUCGCACUCGAUCCUUACCCAAACAUGCCAACCAUAGAAUUUCUUGCCGCGGAGUUGGGUCUAUCGUCCCGAACCAUCACUAACUGGUUCCACAACCACCGCAUGCGCCUAAAACAGCAGGCGCCGCACGGUCUGCCGGCCGAGCCUCCCGCCAGGGACCAGAGCUCCGCGCCUUUCGACCCUGUCCAAUUCCGUCUCCUUCUCAACCAGAGACUACUGGAACUACAAAAGGAAAGAAUGGGUCUCGCCGGCGUACCUCUGCCGUACCCGCCGUACUUCGCUGCCAACUCUAAUUUGGCUGCACUAAUAAGUCGAGGCCUCAUACCACCUGAAGACCAGGUAAAGGAUCAGUCCGGUGGCCUUGACUUGUCAAUGCCUUUAAAACGAGAGCCUGACGGUGAUGACUUUGAAGACGACGACGUCGAGAGCAAUCUUGGCUCCGAGGAUUCCCUGGACGACGAAUCUAAGACUGAGCCGAAGGCGGCGUCGACGCCGGCUGGCCGCUCCAGCAGACGGAAGCCCGCGGCGCCGCAGUGGGUCAACCCCGACUGGCAGGAUGAGAAGCCACGCAACCCUGAUGAAGUGAUAAUCAACGGGGUCUGUGUAAUGCGGAGCGACGACUUCCGGAGAGAGUCGGAGGAGACCGUGCGAGUGGAGCCCUCCCCGGUCCCGCGCGAGGGCUCGCCCGCGCCGCGCACGCCCGCCACGCCCGCCACUCCCGCCACGCCCGUCACGCCGCACACGCCGCUCACGCCGCACACGCCGCACACGCCGCGCCCGCCGCACACGCCUGACGACGUCAUUCCCGAGGACAAAAUCAAGUCCGAGGCCGACGACGGCUGGGAGUACUAAGACUUUAGCGAUGCUCGCUCCGAGUGUGAUAAAACGGGUCCCGAACUGUAAGGUGUUGACGUACCAUAUCACGUCCGAACGAUUAUUUAUUGUGUGAUAAGUGGUGUCGACCGGGGCGACAGUGAACAUGUUACUGAGUAGCUAGUGUUUGUUGUAAUUCGAUUGUAAGGCCAAAGACUUUGUACAUAAUACCCUCGUAGCUUGUCGUGACACGCCGGACGCGGGCGCGUCCCCACCGGCACGAGAACAACUUGCGAUACAAAAAUAUGCAUUUUGCUUUAAUUUUUUAAUGUAAACUCGUACCCUGAUUAGGUACAAAUAUCUGAGUAUUUUUAAGUUACGGCUUUUAAAUUCGAUUGUAAAUAAAUAUACCAAAUAUGUGUCGAAUAUUGCCCGUGAACCAGACCCUGUAUAUAAGUAGGUUAGACAUUAUUUUGUAAGAUAACUCAGUUGCUAAUACAAUUAGGGAUAGGGAAGGUUCAUUUAAUUGUUAAUGAAAAUUAUAAAGUGCAAUCAGAUGUAAAUUUAAGCUAUGGUUUAAUGAGCCCCAGUUGAAAAGUAUUAUUAUGUUUAUUAGAACCGGCGAGGUUUAAAAUAUUAUAAUCGGGUUAUAUAAGUUUAACAUUUAAAUUAUUAUCUAAUGUUUAUUUUAUACUAUUCUAUGUUUUUCUAUUGCAUUAUUUUAUAGAACGCCGCGGGACCGCUCAACUUUGUGAUGUAACUUGUCAGUUUACCAUCGUUUAGCUUUCGUAAACUGUCAAGUCUGUUUCCGUACAAUAGCUAUAUUGUUUGUUUCUUUUCAUUUUUAUAUAUUUUUUAGAAAAUGUACAAAUCAAGACACAAAAUAAUACGAUUAAGCAAGUAAUGUAUUGCUUAUGGUUUAUAGUUUUAUUUUAUUUUAGCAAUAAAUUUGCUUUUAAUCUUA